GGCGGGUGGCUUGUGCCGUGGCCGGCCCGUGUUGGCCCUGGGCUGAGGGCGCUGCGGGAGCGGCUGCCCGCGGUCUCCUUGCCGCUGGGGCCUCGGCAGGAGGCGGUGGCGGAGCAGCGCUGGCUCGUCCCGCUUCGUGUCGGGAGGCCGGAGGUGGCUGCGCUGUGCCCGGGACGCUGCGCUGGGGCCGCCUCCGAGCUCCGCCGCCGCCUCACCGGGCUCCGGCCGCUGCUGCCGCCGCUGCCGGGCCCGCACAGACGCUCCGGCAAUGGCGGCUCUCCCAAGCCACGGCCGCCCUGGGGGCGCCAGCGGGGCCGGGCUUGUCCCCGCUCUGCCCAAUCAGCGCGCGCCAGAGCCACGAGUGACGGCAGAAGCAGCCAAUCGCAGCCAGCGGCGGGCUCUGCACACGGCACGGACUCGCCUGCCUUGGGCUGAGCUCCGCCAUUUCUCGUUAGCCUGGGCUGAGGAGCGGCCCCGGCGCUGGGCCCGGCCCGGGCAGGAGGCCAAGGAAGCGCCGCUGCGCUGAAGCGCCGGGAGCUCGGGGUGCCCGGGAGCUGAGGGCGCUGCGAGCUGGGGAUACUCAAAGCCGCUUUUUAGCCUGAAAAUGAAGCUAUUUCACAGAGGCUUCCUCUACCUCUUCUCCUUGUCCUCCUGACUGGAUCAAGUCAUCCACAUCCUGCAUUAAGCCAGUCCCUGGGGGUCAUCUGACCCGUGUGUUCAGAGGUGCCGAUCCUGAGAGCCCAGAACCAAGAGCAGACUCUGCUGUGGCUCCUUCUGCUCCUGGAGAAGAGGCCAAAGAGGAGCAAAAUGAGCAAAAGGAGCACGAGCCUCCAGCUGUGGUCACAGCCCAGCCUGACCAUCCCCAGACAGUCCUUCCAGAGAAAGAGCAGGAGCAGAUUGUUUUAUCAGGGGGGCCAUGCCAGACUGAGGGAGAGCUGUUCCCAGCCCAAGAGCAGGAAGAGCAGCUGGGGCAGCAGGUGGAAGAGCCACUGGAGAAUGGCCAGAACAUCAAGGCAGAGCCCCAAGCAGAGCUGCCCGAAGCUCAGAGGGCCAUCAUGGCAGUGAAGAGGAGGCACGAGGAAGACAGGAGAAGCAUCCAGGAGGAGAUGAAUCUCCGUCAGCAGAGAGGCAGUCAACAAAACCAGGUGAGUGAAAGAGUGGCAGACACUCCACUCACAGAAAUUCCUCUCUGUCAUUCUUCACAGGCCUCCGAGGAGAAGCUGCUGGCAGAGCUGCAGGAAACUGAGGCUAGGAUCAGGGCAAGGGAGAAGAGGCUGGAGGAAGAAAGGAAAAUCAUCCAAGAGAAAUUUAAUCUCCUCGCUCAGAAGCAAGAGGCUCUAGAAAAUCGAGUGGACGUGUUGAUAUCUCACCUGGCAGCCUGCGAAGGCUUCCAGCAAAUGCCUGGUGAUGAAGAGCCCCAAGGUCAGCGGGAGGCACAGAUCUACACAGGCUCUUCCACUGAAUCUGCUGCAGCAGCAGCAGCGGCAGCAGCAUCUAAAGGAGCCUUUGUUCCCCAAGCUGAGCAGUGGAGCCCGGGCAGUUUGUCCAUUUCCAGCAGUGACACAUCUGCUGCUCAGCUACAGGAGAGCCAGGGAGACUUCCUGGAGCAACUGAGGAGAAUGGUGAACAAGGAAAAUCCCGUCACAAAAUACAUUGAACUGGAAAGUCUUGGCAGCGGGGGUUUUGGAGAGGUUUCCAGAGCACUUGACACUGCCACAGGAGGAGAGGUGGCCAUAAAGAAAAUAAGUGUGCAAGGAGUGAGGAGGAAGAUACUAACCAUGAAUGAAAUCAGGAUCAUGGAGAGUAAUAGGAGUCCCAGGGUCGUGAAUUACUUAGCCAGCUACCUUGUGCAUGAGGAACUCUGGCUGGUGAUGGAGUACAUGGACGGAGGCACUCUGAGAGAUCUCAUCGACGAGGCUCAAAUGUCUGAAGAAGAGAUUGCAGCUGUCAGUCGGGAGUGCCUGCAAGGACUGGAUUUUCUUCACUCCAACCAUGUGAUCCAUCGAGAUGUGAAGAGCAACAACAUCCUGCUCAGAACCGACGGCUCUGUCAAGCUGGCUGAUUUUGGCCUUUCUGUUCAGCUCACCCCUGAGAAAAAUCAACGGUGCUCAGUGAUCGGGACUCCUUGGUGGAUGGCACCUGAAGUGGUGAAGCGUCAACCAUAUGGCCCCAAAGUGGACGUGUGGUCUUUUGGAAUUGUGGCAAUUGAAAUGGCCGAACAAAAAACUCCUUAUGACAGUUUCACUGCUCGAUUGGCUAAAUACCACAUAGCCACAAAAGGGACCCCACAGCUGCAGCAGCCCGACCAAUUCUCACCUUUGCUGCGUGACUUCCUGAGCUGCUGCCUGCAGAAAGGCGAGGCGCAGCGCUGGUCUGCCAAGGAGCUGCUGCAGCAUCAAUUUAUAACAUCGGCCAUGCCUGGGUCCAGCCUGGCACCACUCAUAGUUGCAGUGAAGAAGUGGAAGGAGGAGAUAUGAAUGCGCCAAUCAAUUUAGAACUGUCUUCUCCGUGACCGACUUAGAGUAGGAUUAUAGAGUAGGAUUGUAGAGUAGGACUGUAGUGCAGGAUUAUAGAGUAGGAUUCUAGUGUAGGAUUGUAGAGUAGGAUUUUAAAUAAAAUUUCAAAAAUCUCAACUCCUUUGGAACAUUUCUCUCCUUCUGACCCUGUGAGAAAGCUCAACAUUUCCUUCUGAAUUUUCAGUUUUUUUCUUAGAGGUGGAAAGUGACAUUGAUGGCUUUUUUGGUAUGGUUUCAAAGUGGGGAAGGCUCCUCUUCAUUCAUCCUCUCCAGACCACACUGCCUUUGCAAUAUGGCCAACUGGCCAAGUUUUGCCCAGCUGUGGCAUUUCUAUUUGAGGCAGAAACAGCAAUGGCAUUUGCAGGAAAAACCAAAGGAGGAGCGGUGCAACGCUAACAACCUGUGCAGAUGCAGGCUGUGCAGAUGUGACUCGAGAGUAUUUGGGUUCCUGCCACUUGGAUUUGUAUCCCUAAGAGAAAUCUCUUUGGCUGGAGGA